CAACGCCCACUCGCCGUGGUGGAUACGUGCAGUUAUAGUAAUUAUAUAAAACAAUCAACAACACGCUGUUAUCAGCCUAAAUAUCGUCAUCAAACUCAUUACAACCACUCCGCUUUACUGGUUGAUAUAGGAUAAUAGAUCAGCAAGGAGCAGACGCAGUAGUAGAGACCAUUCUCAGGACUCCCGAACUCACGGUAUACUAUAUUGAUCCAGUAUAACCAGCCAUGAAUGGCAUCAUCCUCUUCGUCCUUGUCAUUCUGUUGUCAGCCAAUCAGAUCUCAGCCUACUGUUUCAACAGCCUGCCACCAACAGGACCUCCAGGAUUCCUCCUGCCUGCGGUAUGUACCUAUAAGGGUCGGACAUACUCUCCAGGUGAGGCCUGGGACACGGACAACUGUGAGGAAUGUCAAUGUGACAAAGAUGGAGGACUUAGCUGCUGCGGGUACGGGUUCCCUGCUGGGUUGAUGGACUUUGGGGACGGAUGUGAUCUCUAUCAGCUUGAUUGCCUUAAUGGUAUCAUACAAGACAAAGACGGGAUUAGCACUUGUGAACGAGCUGGAGAAUAUAUAGAAUUAAAGCGAAACUAAUAGAGCGACGUACAAACAAAUAAGAAUGUUUCUGUCGGGCAGCAUGUAAUCAGGAUUUGGACAAAGCGCCUUGGUGCUGGUUAUUCUCGAGAAGAGUAAGACUUCGUGAAACAGUGACACUACCAGGACAAUGGAUUAGUUAAAUGCUAAUCUUAUGUCACAAUCACUUGUGAUUAUUGUGUAUCUUGCUAUUCUGCCAUCGCAAUAUCGUUAUCUUAAAAUAUUUAGAUUAUUUAUUUAACCUACUGUGUAUUUUAACAGAAACAACUUAUCUAAAUUCUAAUAAAUCAUCUUCCAUAAAUGUGUGUGUAUUUUACGUGUGCUAUCUUCAGAUUUACAUCAACAGAGUAUGUGCAUAUAAUGUGUUCAUCUGAUGGUCCUAUAAAUACAAUCCCCUUUUGUUUGAGUUAUAUCUAUGUUUUGAUGGACCCUACGAAAAAUUCCUACAGAGGCACAAAGGCACAGGGUGAUAGCUCCCUAGCGCAAUAAUUUCCUCUUCCUCCUCUCCUCCUCCUCCACUUCCUCUUUUUUCAUAUGAGUAACUAUAUACAUGUGCAGAUAGGCACCAUGCAUUCUUUUUUCUGAUUUAAUAUCAAACAUUAGUCGCAUUUUUUUCGGCACUUGUAGCUUGGUUUCUUAUAAGUCGAAAUUAGGAUAUUGUUCGAUUUGAACGAAUUUGGGGAUGAGCACACAAACAUUUUCUUCAACUUCUGUUUACCUGUCACUAAGUAUGGCCACCAUAAGCUACAUGUCUUCUGAUAAACGACAUAUUGCCGGAUUUCAAUAACAUUAGGUGCCUGUGUGUAUUAUCACACCGUGAACAACAACUCGGCAUCCGUUCAAACAAAGAAUAAAUUGCCUCCUUGGACUGAUUGAUCGCAUUUCAGAUAUUUAUCGAUUCGCCCAAAUUUUGUAUAUCAUUGUAAUGCAAACGAUACUGAAUAAAUGUUAAA